CCAAUCACACACGCGUUUACUUGCUGACGAGCCAGUACCAACAUGGCAGCGCUCUGAGUUCUGCAGGAAGGAACCAGGAGUAAAUAAAGGCAUAUUUGACGUUUUAGCAGUGGCGACAGCGUCCGGACGUCUGUGUUUACGACUGGUUGGACCUGUGAGGGAAAAUGUCGAGUGACGGGAGUAAAAAACAGUUCUGGAAAAGAAACGCAGCGAAGGUUCCUGGCAGCAUUCAGCAUGUGUAUGGCGCACAACACCCACCUUUUGAUCCACUUCUCCAUGCAAACUUGAUUAAAGCGGGCAACAAGCCGUCUCCCACCACGCCCGGCAAGCCCAAGAAGGCCACAACUUUCCAGGAGUUCGAGAGCAUCACCAGCGACGCCUGGGACGUCGGAGAUGAUGACGACGAGCUCCUGGCCAUGGCUGCACAGAACCUUAACAUUGAGGUUGUUAUGGAGACAGCCAAUAAGGUGAUCGAGAAUCACAGCAAGCUGCAGGAGAGACAGAAGCUGGACGACACCACGGAGUCGCCUCUGAGAGGGGACGACGACACGCAAGAGGUGGAAGAUGAGGAGGACGAGGACGAGGACGAUGAGGAUGACAGAGUGGAGGAGGGAGACUUGGCCAGUCCAGAGGUUUUGUUUCCCUUCCAGAGCAGUCCCGACACUGAGGGACGCUUGGUUAAAUCCCAAAGCGAAGCACCUAUUGGAUCACCGAAAGAUACAGCAGGUGAGCACGCCGCCCUCUACAGACAGCGCUCUCUGCCCCACCGGCCCCCCGUCAUCCCACUCGUAGCUCGCAUGGCUGACCAGAACACGUCAGGCACUCCAGCCAUGACUGAGAGGGAGGCGUCACGUCUAGAUAAAUUCAAGCAGUUGUUGGCUGGCCCCAACACAGAUCUUGAAGAACUUCGAAAACUCAGCUGGUCUGGAAUCCCGAGACAAGUUCGACCAAUCACAUGGAAGCUCCUCUCUGGUUACCUGCCAGCCAACGCAGAGAGGCGAGACAAUGUCCUCCAGAGGAAGCGACAGGAAUAUUUUGGCUUCAUCCAGCAGUACUACGACUCCCGCAAUGACGAGCACCAUCAGGACACGUACAGACAGAUUCACAUUGACAUACCGAGAACUAAUCCUCUUAUUCCCCUCUUUCAACAAGCUUCUGUCCAAGAGAUAUUUGAACGCAUCCUCUUCAUUUGGGCCAUACGGCACCCUGCCAGCGGCUACGUUCAAGGCAUCAAUGACCUGGUAACGCCGUUUUUUGUGGUCUACGUCUUUGAGUACAUCGAGGAAGAAGUGGAAAACUUUGACGUGUCCAGUCUCCAGGAAGAGGCUCUGAGGAACAUCGAAGCUGACAGCUUCUGGUGCAUGAGCAAGCUUCUGGAUGGCAUCCAGGACAACUACACUUUUGCACAGCCGGGCAUCCAGAGGAAAGUCAAGGCCUUGGAAGAGCUGGUCAGCAGGAUUGAUGAGUCAGUGCAUCAUCACAUGCAGCAUUACGAGGUAGAAUACUUGCAGUUUGCCUUCCGUUGGAUGAACAACCUUUUGAUGAGGGAGCUGCCGCUACGAUGCACCAUUAGACUGUGGGACACCUACCAGGCUGAACCAGAGGGUUUCUCCCAUUUCCAUCUGUAUGUUUGUGCAGCCUUCCUGGUGAGGUGGAGGAAAGAGAUUCUAGAGGAGCGAGACUUUCAGGGCCUGAUGAUUCUUCUCCAGAACCUUCCCACAAUGCACUGGGGCAAUGAAGAAGUUAGCGUGCUCCUGGCCGAGGCCUACAGGUUGAAGUUCGCCUUCGCCGACGCCCCCAACCACUACAAGAGAUGAUGACUCUUCUUCAUCUUCCUCCUGGUGAUUCUUUUUCCCUCCAGGUUUGGCCAAAGGAUCUUUGAGCGAUAAUAACUGAGAGGACGUAGCACUGAACAUAUUGACGUGAAACCCUUUUUUUUAUUUGUAUUUGCUUUGGUCAUCAUCAAAUUUUGCAAAUCCCACGGAAAAGCACCCUCAGAUGCGACGCAGAGCGUUUGCUUGCGAUCGCCUGGGGGUGUUCUGGCUUUAUUCUCUGCAAAGAUAUGACCUUUUUUUGGCAGUUUUGUCAAGUCAACGCGAGGCGGCAGAAAGGGCAGAGCGCAUGGCGUACAUAACUGAGCCUUCUCUCCUGGUCAACCUUGACGAACAUGACCUCCUCAGCUCCUUUCCCCUUUCCCUUUUUUUUCCACCGCUUUCACCUUGCCCCUGUGGGAUAAGACUUGUUCUUGACAACAUCUGCAGGCUGAGAGGAUUCCCCCUCCUUUACGUCCGGAGAGCUUCAUCAGCAUCCAAAUAAACCAAGCACUGGGAGUAAGAA